CAUCACACACUCAGUGUUUUCCACUUCCUCCCAUGUCCCAUUUCCCACCACUCCCCUCCGUUUACGUUUUCCGCUUUCUCUUUCCAUGGAAGAACACCACCACCAACAGCAGCCACUGUAUGGUUCUCUGCGCCGCCCCGCGCUUUCCCUCACUCUCCAUUCUCCCCCCUACACUGCCCGUCUGAUGGACCACUAUGGUCUCCGUUUUCGGUCCGACGGCGCUGUCGAUCCCGCAAACGCCGUCGGUGAUUGUGAGCCUCAUCGGUACUACUCGAAGCCCGUCGUGGUGCUCGAUCUGAUAUGGAACAUGGCCUUUGUGGUUGUCUCCGUGGUGGUGCUGUUGUCUGCGUUUCGAGAGAGGCCAUCCACUCCGUUACGCCUCUGGAUUUGUGGAUAUGCUCUGCAGUGCGCUUUGCAUGUCGGUUUCGUCUAUCUCGAGUAUCGGACAGAGAUUAGAGACGAUCCCGCGGUUGCCGGUGCUCUGUCCUCCACUCAGACUCAGAGCGGCGUCUUGAAAAGUCUGGAGUCACUGAAUACAAUGAUGUCAUCAGUAUGGUGGGUGAUUGGUUUCUAUUGGAUUGUGCUGGGUGGCCAAGCACUUCUUCGAGAAUCUCCUCGUCUCUACUGGUUAACAGUCGUUUUUCUGGCCUUUGAUGUGUUCUUUAUAAUAUUUUGUAUUGGGAUGGCAUGUAUCAUAUUCUUUGUGCUGUUUUGCUGCAUUCCAAUUGUAGCAGUUGCCUAUGCUAUGGCAACUAGACAAGGCGCUUCUGAAGAUGAAAUCAGAAGUCUGUCUAAGUUUAGGUAUCGUGAGUCUAACCCACUGAAUGUUCCGAACAAUCACAAGAAUCAGGAGGGUUUUGGGACAAGUGCAGAGUUGGAGAAAAAUGAUCCUAAUGAACUACUUCUUCAUCCAGAUGAUUCUGAAUGUUGCAUUUGCCUCUGUCGAUAUGUGGAUGGGACGGAGUUGCAUAUCCUUCCCUGCAACCACCAUUUCCAUUGCGGGUGCAUCAUCAAAUGGCUUCGGAUAAAUGCUACCUGCCCUCUCUGCAAAUUCAACAUUCAAAGGGGUGACACAUUGGUUUGACUUUUAAAAAGGUGGAAAAUGCAAUUCUCUUGCUGAUUUGCUAACAUUAAUUUGAUGCGGUGAAAAUGCCAGAAGCAGUUAGAAAGAAGAGCUCUUUAAAAUGUAAAUAGAAUUGUCAGUAGUAAUUUCAUGUUCAAAGCAGGACCAGCAAUUGAAAUUCCCCUGGUGUUUCCUGUAUGUUAUUCUGGAAACCAUUAAAGUUUAUCUAAUUCUCAUGAUAUAAUAAUUCCCCCGGUGUUCCAAGUU